UGAUAGCCAAAUUAACCAAUUAAAGAGCGAUAGGCACGCGCCUAAGGCGGGACUCUGAGUACGGAAGCUGCCCUAGGACAUGAGGAAAGGCGAGAAGGAAAGACUCGGUGAAGGGGCCCGAGAGGCAGGUUCCUGGACCAUCGGCCCCCUGUUCGGGCUAUGGCCCCCAGUGUCCUGUAGACCUGGCGGGACUCCCAUUCUUGCGACCCCUAUCUUGGGGUCUGUGUGGCUACUGGAGGGCCCUGCAAAGGGCCAGAGAAAGCAGGACCAUGGCGUCUGGGGCCUCUGAUCCUCCCCAAAAGCACAACGUGACAGCGGGCAUCAUCAUUGUGGGAGAUGAAAUACUCAAGGGACACACUCAGGACACGAACACCUACUUCCUGUGCCGGACACUGCGCUCCCUGGGCGUCCAGGUUUGCCGAGUCUCCGUGGUGCCCGAUGAGGUGGCCACCAUCGCGGCCGAGGUGGCCGCUUUCUCCAGCCGCUUCACCCACGUGCUCACCGCAGGGGGCAUCGGUCCCACUCAUGACGACCUGACAUUUGAAGCAGUCGCCCAGGCCUUCGGGGAUGAGCUCCAGCCGCACCCGGAGCUGGAAGCCGCCAUCCAGGCGCUGGGUGGGCAGGGCUGGGAGAAGAUGUCACGGGUGCCCGCCUCAGCCCGUCUGCACUACGGCACCGACCCACACACGGGCCAGCGCUUCCGCUUCCCACUGGUGUCCGUCCGGAAUGUCUACCUCUUCCCGGGCAUCCCCCAGCUGCUGCGCCGCGUGCUGGAGGGCCUGAAGGGACUCUUCCAGAACACAGCCGUGCACUUCCACCUGCGCGAGCUCUACGUGGCGGCCAAUGAGGCCUCCAUCGCCCCCGUGCUGGCCCAGGCCCAGGCCCACUUUGGGCGCCGGCUGGGCAUAGGCUCGUACCCAGACUGGGCUAACAACUACUACCAGGUGAAACUCACCCUGGACUCAGAGGAGGAAGGGCCGCUGGAGGAGUGCUUGGCUUACCUGUGUGCCCGACUGCCCCCCGGCUCGCUGGUGCCCUACGUACCUCAUGCUGUGGAGCAGGCCAGUGAGGCCGUGUACAGACUCACCGAGUCAGGGUCUCCUCUUGGAGACAAGGUGGCCGGGGCCCUGCAGACCAUCGAGAUGGCCCUGACACGCUACAAGCUCAGCCAGCUCUGCGUGGGCUUCAACGGAGGCAAGGACUGCACCGCCCUACUACAUCUCUUCCAUGCGGCCGUGCAGAGGAGGCACCCCGAUGCUCCGGAGCCCCUCCAGAUCCUGUACAUCCGCAGCGUCUCACCCUUCCCCGAGCUGGAACAGUUCCUACAGGACACCAUCAAGAGGUACCACCUGCAGGUGCUGGAGGCUGAGGGCGACAUGAAGCAGGCCCUGAGCGAGCUGCAGGCGCGGCACCCGAAGCUGGAGGCAGUGCUCAUGGGCACACGGCGCACAGACCCCUACUCCCGCAGCCUGUGCGCCUUUAGCCCCACCGACCCCGGCUGGCCCAGCUUCAUGCGUGUCAACCCACUGCUGGACUGGACCUACAGGGACAUCUGGGACUUUCUGCGACAACUCUUUGUCCCCUACUGUAUCCUGUAUGACCGAGGGUACACGUCGCUGGGCAGCCGAGAGAACACCACGCGGAACCCAGCCCUGAAGUGCCUGAGCCCGGCGGGACAGCCUACCUACCGCCCGGCCUACCUCCUGGAAAACGAGGAUGAGGAGCGCAACUCGCGCAUGUGACCCGCAGCGGGCAGCCGGGCGGAGGGCCCAACAAUAAACAGCCUCUGCUGUGUG